AUGCCUACCCCAAUAGACAAUCCCGACUCAAGGAAUCGCCUUUACACGAACAGCACCCUUCGAUCGCGCCGUAUACCUAGUACCUACAAUCAGGCCUCUUCUAGUUCAGCAAGUUCCUCAGCGAUUUCCAUUCCUCUGGAAGCUGCGUCCCAGCCGCCCUUAGAUACCGCGUUGAUUUGGUCGGCCAAGAACCAGUUCCCCCGAGGCUGGCAGGAGAUAUUCAAAGCACCUAACAUCCAUGGAACUCAAUCCAUAGAGCCCAAGACUGACCGCGGUCGUGGUAACUCUAACCAGCAAGUAUACCCCAAACUCGCCCCAGAAUGCACAGAUAGCGGGACCGGGAAACGAAUGGGACGGCUUAUUCGAAGCAUCGUUACCGGCCGAUCGGCCGAAUCUACCAAGAGUUUGAGUUCACACGAUCGGAACAAGUCUUUCAGCGGCAGGCAUGGGAACAAUCUAUCAAGCGCUGAAACCGAUCCUGAUCCCAGUUUGGGCCAACCCGCUCCGAACUGGGGACCAGGUCCAGAAGACAGCAACGGCCACCAAGCACAUCAACGAUCAAAUAGAAUUAAUCCUCACUACCGAAUAUGCAAUAUCACCGAAGCGGAGACAGCGACCAACAUUCGCCAGGCCGUCUGUCUGCAUCUGGGUUUGAGAGAUUAUAAAAAUUCUUUACUGUACCUUACAGAAGUUGGCAGGUUUGAUCAUGCCGAUCCUCUAGAUGACCAGAAACUUAUUACCACCAAACAGAUCAAGGGAGAUUCCGUAGGAACUCUCAAGUUCUUCAUUACACCACCAGCAGUCCCUCCCAUAACCUGCGGCCUUACGGUAACCCCCAACAUGCCAGCAUCCUUAGGCUAUUUGGCACCUGGACUUAAUGGUUCGAAACACAAUCCGCGGCAGCGGUCAAGCACUUCACCCCCUACCUCUAGGUCUAACACAUCGACGGAUAACAAGAUCCAUAAGAAUGCGCUCUCGCAAAUAGCAACCUCAUACCGGGUUAAGAUAGAGAGAAAAGAGCGUAAAUAUCUUGCGGUGCGGAAGCAUGCAGCAGGGAAGGGUAGCCCAUUUAAGUCGGUUAGUCCAGGCAUCACAAGCAACAGAGUUGUUGAUUUCGAUCAUCCUCGAAGCUCGCCAUAUAAUAACAAACGACCAGAUCCGCUGUCACCUCAGAGACCGCCUCCAAAACCGCCUGCUAAAGUUGAUAGCGAUGAUGAUUCUGAUGAUGGCUUAUUCGCGAUCCCUUUAACGAAUCGGAACAUAGCCAAGGUCUCUGCCAAGAACCGAAGAGGACGUGGCGCACCUAAUUACCAUGGACAGCCCAGUCUAACAGUGAAUACUUCUCGGGUUGAAAAGGCCCAUUCAAUGUCCUUUACAUCUCCACAAUUUAUGUCAAGCGCUGUUGCACCUAACCCCAACGAUGAAGGCGUAGGGCUUUCUCGUAAACUACCAGCAACUGCUCGAUCUAACUCCAGGACAUCUAGUAAGAGGGACAGCGAAUUAGGCCGAUGCAAAUCGUUCAUUGAAAAGGACAUUUGGGCGAACCGUCCUCCAACGGACGCCCUGGUUAACAACCUUGAUGACUUCUUCCCUAACUUGGAUCUUGAUCAACCAGUUCUAGAAGAAGGAGAGGGUGGGGAGAUGCUUCCAUCUCAUAUCGCCGAGGCAGAAGACACCUCUGGGGACGCACCUAAGGCGACGCCCAAGAGAGCGCAAGGAGUCCCUGCAGCUGAACCCCAUACCGAUGGUCUGCCUGCCGUUACACCUAGCCGACCGCCAUCUCUUUACAAUAAGAACGAUACUCAUGGUUCUGAUGAAUCUACUCUUAAGGCUCCAGAACGACCUACUCUUCUAGCACAGAGAAGUCUCAGAUGCUCUAGUGGACUUAGCCGCAUAAAGUCCAUUCGUGAAGUUAUCCAUGGCGCUCACGAGGGCAACAUACGCAUGGCUAGCACAUCUCAGAAGAGAAAUCCUCAAGAUGUCCUCCUUAAGAGGCAGACGACAUUUCGCUGGUUCAAAGGGCAACUCAUUAGUAAGGGUACCUAUAGUCAUAUAUACCUCGGUAUAAAUGCCACUACUGCUAAUAGUGAUAAGCAGAAGAUAAAAGAAUUGGUCGGGGGACUAGACCAGGAAAUUAACACAAUACAGCACCUAGACCACGUCAACAUUAUACAAUAUCUUGGAUGCGAGCGCAAGGAAACAAGUAUUAGCAUUUUUAUUAAGUAUAUUUCUGGUGGAAGUAUCAGAUCAUAUCUCUGUAAGCAUGGCGGUUUCGAAGAAUCCAUUAUCGCAUCUCUCACCCGGCAGAUGCUCUCUAGAUUGGCAUAUCUGCAUUAUAAGGGUAUUCUUCAUCGAGAUCUGAAGGCAGAUAACAUCCUUUUGGAUAUAGAUAGCACUUGCAAGAUCAGUGACUUUGGUAUCUCUAAAAAGACAGACAACAUCUACAGCAAUAACAAGACGAACAAUAUGCAAGGCUCGGUGUUCUGGAUGGCUCCCGAGGUCAUUCAAUCACAAUACGAGGGUUAUAGUGCCAAAAUGUUCGCGGGUGAACGACCAUGGGCCAAGGAGGAGGUGGUAGGCGCCAUCUACAAAAUUGCCAAUGGCGAGGCGCCACCGAUCGCUGAGGAUAUCCAAGGAACCCUUAGUCCCCUGGCGGUGGCAUUUAUAAUGGAUUGCUUCCAAGUGGACCCCUUUAAUCGUCCAACGGCAGACGUGCUCCUCUUACAGCAUCCAUUCUGCGAGCUCGAACCUAACUUCAACUUUCAUGAGACAUCACUGUACGCCAAGAUUAAGCCAAUGCAAAAGGAAGGAGCCAAGCCAUCGCACUUUGUCCUUUUGAAAUUAAUAUUGCUGUCGCGCAUGCCAUGGUAUAUUGCGAUAGAAUGA